GACGUGUCGCCGGUUCGUGACGCACGGGCCGUCGCGGGGUGAUUGCGAAGCGGCCACGCGGGGCUCGGGUUCCCGUCCCGGGUGUCGAAGAUGGUGAAGGCCCAGUACCGGGGCCGCAGCUCGGUCAACCCGUCCACCGCCAGCACCAACCCAGAUCGGCCCAAAGAUGGCGGAGGCCUCAAGAGGGACAGGGCAACUAUUAAACGUCUCAACAUGUACAGACAGAAGGAACGAAGAAACAAACAUGGGAAGAUUGUCAAGCCACUACAGUUCCAGUCAAAAGUUGCAUCUGGCACCACAUCUCGAGUGGAACCAAACAUCAAAUGGUUUGCUAACACUCGAGUCAUUAAGCAGUCAUCUCUGCAGCAAUUCCAAGAAGAGAUGGGCAGUGUUAUGAAAGACCCUUAUAGGGUAGUUCUCAAACAAACCCAGCUUCCGAUGUCUCUUCUGAAUGACCGAAUCACACCUCAUAAUUCAAAAGUACAUAUUCUGGAUACAGAAACAUUUGAAACAACAUUUGGCCCUAAAGCACAACGAAAGAGACCAAAUCUUAGUGUAUACGAUAUGCAAAGCCUGGUGGAAAAAGCUGAGACAUCAGUAAAAGAGUAUAAUCUGGAAAAAGACCGAGAUCUGAUUGUGGAAGAUACUGGAGUGCGGGAUGAAGUUAGAGAAGAAAUCUUCAAAAAAGGACAGUCGAAGAGAAUUUGGGGUGAGCUAUACAAGGUUAUUGAUUCAUCGGAUGUUAUAAUCCAAGUGUUGGAUGCCAGAGAUCCAAUGGGAACACGCUCUCCCCAUAUAGAGGCUUAUUUAAAGAAGGAAAAACCAUGGAAACAUCUGGUUUUUGUGUUUAACAAGUGUGACCUUGUACCUACUUGGGCUACUAAACGAUGGGUUGCUGUGCUGUCCCAUGAAUAUCCAACUCUUGCAUUUCAUGCGAGCCUCACCAAUCCCUUUGGAAAAGGAGCUCUGAUCCAACUUUUGCGACAGUUUGGGAAGCUGCAUACUGAUAAAAAACAGAUCAGUGUUGGCUUCAUUGGUUAUCCAAACGUUGGCAAGAGUUCCAUCAUUAAUGCACUUCGAUCAAAGAAAGUCUGCAAUGUUGCACCUAUUGCUGGAGAAACAAAGGUUUGGCAGUACAUUACUCUGAUGCGACGUAUUUUCCUUAUUGACUGUCCUGGGGUUGUGUAUCCAUCCGGUGACACGGAGACUGAAAUUGUGUUGAAAGGAGUGGUUCAAGUUGAGAAAAUCAAAAGUCCCGAAGAUCAUAUUUCCGCCGUGUUGGAAAGGGCUAAAGCAGAAUAUAUCAGCAGGACUUACAAAAUAGAUUGCUGGAGCGAUCCAGUUGAUUUCUUAGAGAAGCUUGCAUUCAGAACAGGAAAGCUUUUGAAGGGUGGAGAGCCUGACAUACAAACUGUGGCCAAAAUGGUUUUGAAUGAUUGGCAAAGAGGGCGAAUACCUUUUUAUGUUAAACCACCAGAUGCUGAAGGCGACUCUCAGCCAUUGACUAUGUUAAAAGUGGAAAAAGAGUCAAACAAAUCUGAUAAAGUGAAAGGGUCGUCAGAAACCGUGAUUGUUGAAAAAGAACAUGAAAAAGCUGAAAAUCCAGUAGUGUCACAAAUAGUUGCACACGUAAGGCAAAACUUUGGGAAAAUCAACGUGGCACCUGAAUUUUCUGAGGCAGACCUUCUACCUGUGAACAUUUCUGAAGAUGAAGAAGACAUUUUGGAUGAAGAAGAGGAAGAGGAGGAAGAGCAGGGUAACGAAGAUGGUGAUGGGAAUGAAUCAUCUGCUGCUGAACUAAAUAAACUUCAGGAGAAUAAUCACCAAUGUGUGGUCAAACCAAAACAGACACUGCGGGAUUUGGAUGAAAAGAUUGCGAAAUACAAAAAGUUCUUGGAUAAAGCCAAAGCAAAGAGAUUCUCAGCUAUAAGAAUUCCGAAGGGGCUUACCACAAAAUUACUCACACAAACAAGUCAAAAGACAUCUGAUCAGACACAGGAAUCUACAGAAAACGGUGGUAGAAGAAGAAAAAGAAAAGCUCAAAAUGAAUCAGAGGAUGAAGAACCUCCUCCAAAACUUACAUCUAAAGAGAGGCGAAGGCUGGACCGUCUGCAGCACUCGAAGAAGGUUGGCGUCCGGUAUUAUGAAACGCACAAUGUCAAGAACAAAAAUAAAAACAAAAAGAACCCUGCAUCCAAACCACAGAAAUGUAAAAAGAAACGAUAACUUUGAAAUAAAGAGACUUCCUCUUUUUAAAUGAAUAGCACAAUUAUUUUUACAGGUUCUGAGAUUUUUUAAAAUAUAUUAUAGUCAUUCAGUGCAGAAAGGAAUGGAUGUAUUGAAUUUUAAUUACCUUUUUUAAGUAUAAUGACUCUUGUGCUUAGUUUUGAAUUUGGGAAUGAUGAAAGCAAAAAUUAGCAAAUUUUAUAUAAUCUAGGCAUGAAUGAGAUAAUAGCAUUUGAGGAGUUAAUAAAGCAAGGGAAUAUGCAGUAAGAGUGUGAUAUCCUGAGAUAUGUAAAGGACAGACAAAUAGAUAAGGCAGUUAAAAACGCAAAUAAAAUGCUUUUUAUAUACUAACUGGGACAUGGAAUGGCAGAACAGUAAUGAUUCGCUAGUACUGUGUAUUUAUUAGGCCACAACUUCAAAGAUGUGUAACGUUCUAGCCACUGCAUCAGAAAAGAUUUGAGUGCAGAGGAGAUUUACAAGGAUGUUGCCAGGACGUUUUUUAAUUAUCCAUGAGACAAUAGGCCUUGUUAUUUUCUUUGUAAAGAGGCUUAACUGUGGGACCUUGACAGUGCAAAUAAUAAGGACUAGUUGCCCUUGCCAGAGGUAUUAAAAGCAGCCAAAAGUGCUUUGCAGAUAAUCCCUGACACAUAGCCUUUAAUGGUGCAAAAUUCUAUUAUGGUAAGUGAGACUAGUCAAAUAACGACCAUUUCGCAGCUGAUUCAUACCACUUUGGAAAUUUGUCUGGACACAUCCAGGCAAGAAGUACACACCCUGCUGGAGCACUGCAGAGGAUGUUUGUGUCAGCCAGGAGGGAAACUUUGGGAAUUGCCACUGGAAAUGGUUUCCAGUGCUGGACUGAAAUCCCUCAAGGAUAAGUUGUCUUCCAUUCUGUGGGCAUGAAUCCACCCCGAAUCAACCAGACCCCAAAAGUCCUGCCUAUUACCCGCACAUUCUCAUCUUCCCCUGGAUCCUAAUCCUCUAUUGGCAGCACUUACCACUGGGUCUUCACCACCAGCCCUCUCUUGUGACCUGGCUUCAGUACGAGUUUGUGAAGCACAUAUAACCAUGUAUCACAAUUUCUGUGUACAAAUAUAUAACGAGCUGGAGUUGAUCAUUCAGACCAUGUUUGCUCCAUUCAAUGAGAUUGUGGCUGGUCUGAUUUGUAUUCCCACCUACUCUGUUAACCUUUCACUCCCUUUUCAAGAAUAUAAUUCUACCUUAAAAAUAUUCAAAACAAAUUCAAGUUUAAUUAUCAUUCAACCAUACAUGAAUACAGCGGAAAGAAACAGUGUUCCUCUGGGGCCAAGGUGCAAAGCAUACGUGGCACAUUCAAAACAGCAAAAUAAUGAAGAAAAACCAUACUGUAUUUAGUCGAAGACUCUGAGGAGCACGUGCCGCAAAUUGAACACUGAUGGUGUUUGGUCACUGUGAUCCAGCCUGUCGUUCCACUGAUUGAACACUGGGGGGCAGUACCCAACUGAGCAAGGAUGCCAUGCUGCACUACCUCUGCCAUUUCUCUCCUGGACGGUGCAGCAGGCAACCCCUUGGCUUGAAGUCUAGCCCUUGCUACAACCAAGGCUGUGCAGCUCCCACACUGCCUGUUUCAUCACCAAACAAGGGAAACAGGCCUGCAGCAUCUUACAUUGAACUUUUAAAACUGAUUCCAAAGAACAGCUCAGCAUUUGUAAAACCAGCUAACUACGUUUGAUAAUCACAUUUCCACUUUAGCCUCCACACCCAUUUUUCAGGUGUAAUGGCGCCCAGCCUCCUGAGAUUAAAAAAGGUCCAGCUCAUUUUGCUUUCAGUUGGACAGUCCUACAUGUCUUAAUGUUUCUUAUUGUAAGCUUUCUCCUCUAAGGUCUUUGAACAAAGUAAAUCAUUCCUUGUAUAACUAGGAGCCAUCACGCCUGAAAACUGAUUCAAACUUUGAAGUAACAUAAUAGGAUCAAUGAAUGGCUAAGCUAAACAGGGCAGAUUAAAAACCAAUGUGCAUUUAUGAAAAAACAACAAACUGCAAAUCCAAAAAGAAUGAGAACAAAAAUAACAAGCAAUAAAUAUAAAGAACAUGAGAUGAAGAGUCCUUGAAAGUGAUUGUGGGAACAGUUCAGUGAUGAGGUGAGUGAAGUUAUCCCCUCUGGUUCAAAAGCCUGAACCUGGUGGUGUGGGUUCUGAGGCUCCUGUAACCCCAUCCUGAUGGCAGCAGCAAAAAGAGCAUAGCCUGGAUUGAUUGAUGCUGUUUUCCUGUGACAGUGCUCCAUGUAGAUGUUCUCAGUGGUAGGGAGGGCUUUACCCAUGAUGGACUGGCCCAUGUAAGUUACUUAUUCCUACUGCUUGUGAUGUUUACCAUGAAAUUUUAUUUUUAGUGUAAUCGUGUUUCCCAAGUCGUCAUAAACCUGAAACAUCAGUUUUGUUACUCUUCCCUUAGAUGCUGCUUGACCUGCGGUGUGUUUCCAGCAUUUUCUUUUUAUUUUUGCUGUUCUGAGACUAUGCAUACUGAGAAUUUUAAGUUUAUUAAUGGAGGGACACACUGUUUGGUCGAGUUACUGAAAUAAAAACUUGAUAAAUUGCUGACAAAAUAAUAAUAUGCAUGUUUUUAAUGGUCUCCCUCCUAAAGGAGAAAUAUGGGACACUCUUUAUACAGAAUAAUAGAUGACUGGAAUGGGCUGCCAGCAAUAGUGAAAAUAGAUGUUAGCAGAGCUAGUGUAUUGGAAGCAAAUGAGAAGAUGCUUUGGCAUUCUGAAAAGGGGAGAUGUGUAUGAUUGUGGCACUGGGCUGGAGAUGGUGAUGGUGAUAAUGGCAGGUGAUUAUCCCUUGAUGGUUGACACAGGUGGUGGGGAUCUUGAGGUUAAGAGAAAACAAUCUAAGAGAACACCUUUAAAGAUCACAAAUGUUAUUUUCUCUUAAAUUUCUGCAAGGGACUAAAACACCUUCCUAAAAUCUUUAACAAUUAGAAAUUGUAAGCUAAUGGAAAUAUUAAAUAGUUAUAUUAAAAGUAAUUUUAAGUUAUUUGAAAUACAGUUGAUCUUGAUUUCUAUGUGUGUAAAAUUAAAUGCAGUUUCAGCUUUAAUAAUGCCAUUGAAUAUAAAGAAAUACAUCCAAAUAUUUAAGGAAAUUCUAAUGUAGUUGACAUUUGUGUUGUUCAUGAUUGAUUUAAUGUUUGAUGAAAACUUAACAGAACACUGAGGAAAUCAGACCUUAAUUGUAAAUUGUGUCCAGAAUUCCAUAUGUGCCCAAUCUGAAAAAUUGUGGAUGAUGUACUGAUAUUUCCUCAAGGAGCUGUUCAAAUUCAAAUAGAUAAUUUACCCAUUUCAAUUUAAUAUGUUAGUAAUAUUGUCAAUAUAUUGUUUGAUUAAGCAUUGUUGUUUAUAUAAUUCAUUAUGGGUUAUAUGUAAGAAGUAUGUGAAUGGCAUACGUCAUUACGACAACAUCUCAUAUGAGCACCUCACUGGGAAAAUAAAAGGGAAAGGAAAAGUAAGUAGACAAGAAUACUGGCUACACACAUAUAAUACUGGAGGAACUCAGCAUCCAAGCAGCACCUAUGGAAAAAGGACAGUCAACGUUUCAGGGCAAAACGUUGACUGUUUAUUCUUUUCAUUAGAUGCUGCCUGACCUGCUGAGUUUCUUCAGCACUUUGUGUGUGUUGCUUGUAUUUCCAGCAUCUGUAGAUUUUCUCUUGUUUGUGAUCAGAAUCCCCACUUCUGUGUUUUACUUUUGAUUAGUUUCUGGAGUUACAAACAUAACAGUGGUGAUGAGGCUAUUUUAAAAUGAAACCAACAUGACUACCUACCUGUUGUUGCAGCACAUUUUUUAAAUGUCUUUACAUUCAAGUUAUGCAAAAAGUGAUGCAAUUAACAAGCAAUAAAUACUGAUACGGGUUCAAAAACAGUACCAGGUGAUGAUAUUUAAAAAAGCAGGAUACAAAUUACAUUGGAAAGAUACAUAUUUGAUUGCACAACAGAUAACUGGAGGAUGUGUUCUGAAUGAAUUGAACAAGUAUUUUGAAGCAAAUGAAAUUGCCAAAGAAAACCAAGUUCCAGUGUUGCUGAGUGCAAUGGGUUUAAAAGAAUAGAGUUUGCUUAGUUUAACUGCUCCAACCAAACAAGCAG